AUGUCUGCUCGGUCUGCCUCGAUUUCCACCCCAAAGGCUGAUGUCGGGAAUACUCAAGGAAAGAGUAACAAUCAGGGACCUUCAGCUCGUUCGGUUUCACACGGGUCCAAUUUUUUCACCAGAGAAGCUGGCGGAAGUGGCGGACUUGGCAACGCCGAGUCACAUGGAAACCAACCAGCUUCAAGAGUUGCUUCUGCUAAUGGAGAAAUCGAUAUUGUGGGAGCAUUGAACAGCCUUGAUCUUGAUUUCGAGCUUUCCAAGCCAACAGACUCGUCAACCAGUGGCAUCCAUGCUGCCACCAAUGCAUCCACUCCAUUUCAAUCUCAAUUUUAUGAACAAUUUCAGAACCAGCUUUAUGCAUACCCCCAAGCUGGAUCCCUCACUCCUAACGCCCAGUCCAUAGGAACCUUUGGGUCCGCUUAUGGGAACACUCCUAGCGGAACAUGGAGCAAUUUUGUUCCUGCCUCGGCUCCUCAGCUUCCACUCUCACAAAAUGUCAAUGCCGAUUUGAUGUCUGUCAAACCUUUUGAGCUUCCAGAAGAAAGCCAAGGUCAGACCAAAACCGGAGACAACAAAGGUUCGUCAUUAAAUAUGCCAUUUUCAACUCCUCCACCGCAACUUCAACUUGGUGGUGCACCAUUUGGUGGAACAUUGGAGUCCUUCAGAAUAGGUGAUCCUUUGAGAGUUGGAGACCAAUUGGACAGCUUUAAGACCGAGGGUAGCUCUUCAGAGAGUGAUGCCGAUGGAUCACUGGCUGAAAGAGUCACUUCUGGACAACAUUCAGUUUCAAGAUCGUUUUCCACCAGCGGUACUCCUGGUGGUACUCCAGGCUCGAUCCACGAAUUCCAGCCAUUUGAUCAAAAGGCUCCUUAUGCCGAAGCCGGGAUGCCUCAUUACUCUGAAUUGCCAAUUGUUGGAUCAAUGAUGCAACAAAUGCAGGUUCCCAUGGCUCAAUUGAGUGGUUCCUGGCCCCACCAACAACCUCUUCAACAUGUACAAUCACAGCAUCAGCCACACCAUUCAGGCUACACAAGAAACAGCGGAGAACGUCAUCAAGGCUUUAAUGGGCGGUUCAACUCGGGUAACAACCGCAGAAAUAUGUAUGAGGGAAUGAAUGUUCACCGGAAAAUGAGCAGAAGAAGAGGAGACGAUGCUGCGAAAUAUGCCAAUGCCAAGUUGAGUGAUUUCAGUGGAGAAAUCUAUAACCUCUGCAAAGACCAGCAUGGAUGCCGAUUUCUUCAAAGGCAACUUGACCUGGGCGGUAAGGAGAAUAAUGGACAUGGUAAAGAGCAGAGUAGCGUGGUUGCGACUAUGAUAUUUAAUGAAAUCUACCUUAAAAUAGUGGAUUUGAUGGUGGACCCUUUUGGCAAUUACUUGAUUCAAAAGUUGUUUGAACAUGUUUCUACAGACCAACGAGUCAUAUUGGUCAAGAAUGCUGCACCAGAAUUCAUGAGAAUAGCACUUGACUCUCAUGGCACUAGAGCUCUUCAAAAGCUCGUUGAAUGUAUUUCCACUGAAGAGGAAUCGCAACUUCUCAUCAAGUCGCUUUCGCCUCAUGUUGUUGCAUUGUCAAGAGACUUGAACGGUAACCAUGUUGUCCAAAAGUGUCUUCAAAGACUUUCCGCUGCCAACAAUCAGUUCAUUUUCGAUACUGCUGCCUUCCAUUGUAACGAGAUUGCUACCCAUAGACAUGGAUGUUGCGUUUUACAACGGUGUUUAGACCAUGGAACCAUGGCCCAGAGAGCACAAUUGUCAUUAAAAGUUGCACAAAACGCAACCAACCUUUCGUUCGACCCAUUUGGUAAUUACGUUGUUCAAUACGUUUUGACAAGGGGAGAUGCGAAAUCGAUCGAGAUUGUCCUCAGCCAUAUCCGUAACAAUAUUGUCACGUUGUCACUUCACAAAUUUGGUUCGAAUGUCAUUGAAAAAUCGCUUAGGAUCAGUACGUUGACUGACACCCUCAUUGAAGUUUUAUUAGCAAACCAGGCCAGAUUCGCAGACAUGCUCAACGAUGCAUAUGGAAAUUAUGUCCUUCAGACCAGUCUUGACGUAGCUAGCGUUGGAGACCUUCGGAAGCUUUCAGAUGUGCUUCAGCCAUUAUUGCCCAGCAUCAAAAACACCCCCCACGGAAGAAGAAUUAUGUCCAAAAUUCAGAGCAUUGCAUAA